AUGGACUAUAAAGAGAGACUCCUUCAAUUUGAAUCUAUACUGAGCACGAAGAAUCUCACUCAAGACCCCACAAUAGAUCUUUAUAAAUUUCGGCAUUUAUGUUUUCUUGGUAUUCCCGAUAAACCUGGUAUCAGGCAAAAAAGUUGGAAGAUAUUAUUGGGUUAUUUACCAUUGGAUAAAAGAAAAUGGAAAGAAGCGCUUGCUGAGCAAAGAUCAACAUAUUACAGUUUCGUCAGGGAUUUGCUGGCAGACCCAAGCGAAGAAGAACUCAAAGAAUAUCAUUCUUCUGAUCAUCCUUUGAACUCUUCACCAACUUCAAAAUGGGCGGAUUAUUUUUCUGAUAAUGCAAUACUUGAACAAAUUGAUAAAGAUGUUAGAAGAACAUUACCAGACUUUGCAUUUUUUCAACAACCGGUUUAUCAGAGCCCUUUAAGUCCAUUGAGUCCAAGUCUUAGUGCAAAGUACAUAAAUAGAAUUAGUGGUACACGUUCACCAUCCAUAUUCGAUGCUUUAGAUAGCAAUAAUGACGAUAAUACCAGCCUUAUCAGUUAUAAUGAUUCAAUAUUGACAAAUCUAGAAUUAGAAUCUGAUGUUUCAACUUUAGAUCCUCAAUUGACUAUAAGAUCUCAAUCAAUUCCGUUUCGAAUAGAUGCUGUUACUCCUAUUACUACUCGUAGAUCCAUAUUCAGGCGUAUUCAACAUUUGAAUAAAGAUUUCGGAAAUAGACGCACUCCUUCUCCUGCACCAAGUUAUAGGUCUGAUGAGUCACGAGAUUAUGAUACCGAGGUUGAUUUGCAUUGGGAAGCCGUUGAACGGAUUUUAUUCAUAUAUGCAAAAUUGAAUCCCGGUGUUGGAUAUGUUCAAGGCAUGAAUGAAAUACUUGGUCCCAUAUAUUAUACAAUGGCUAAUGAUUGUGAAGAAGAGGGAAAAGCACAUGCGGAAGCAGAUUCAUUUUUUGUGUUUACUCUUUUAAUGUCUCAUAUUCGUGACUACUUUGUUCGAAGUUUGGAUAUGGAUGAUACGACCGGUAUCGGACAUACCAUGAAAAAAAUGAUGCGACGCUUAAAAACAUUCGAACCUGAAUUAUGGAUCGAUUUGGAACGAAAAUCCUUACACCCUCAUUAUUAUUCAUUCCGCUGGUUAACUGUUAUGUUAUCUCAAGAAUUCUCUCUUCCGGAUGUCAUUCGAUAUUAUUUACUUACAAUUGUUUUUAGAUGUGUGAAAGACGAAUUACUUCAUGGAUCAUAUUCGGAUAACAUCAAACUUUUACAAAACUAUCCAAUACAAGAUCCUAAGAUGGUUUUGUUAAAAGCAUAUACAUUACGUGAAAUGCGUCUUUUAGCUAAACUAAAUGGAGAAAGUAUUGAUUCAUCUUCAGAAUCUGAAGGUGCCGAUUACGAAUAUUUUUCAUAUAAUAGUACGGGUUAUGGUGAUUCACAUUCAUCAAAGUUAAAUGUAAAUGAUAUGAAAAUCAAAGGGUUGGCAAUGUUGAAAAGACUUCAAGGAGCUAUGAAUGGCAUAAAUGGUAAAGGAUUGAAUGAUAAUAAAAAUGGAUAUUUUGGUGUAUUGAACAAUAACAAUGAUGGAAUUAAUGUGAUGAGUGAAUUUGCAAUGAAAUUUACAAAUGUUUGGAAGAAAAAUUUUAUCGAUUAA